ACGAAUAGCAGAAAACUAAAAUAAAUGUCAUCGUUGUAUUCUAGCGAUAAGCAUCAGAGUGAUGAUUGACAAACUGUUACGACGUGUAGUAUAUACAUAAAAUAACAAUAAUAAUGAGAGUCAAGAACUGUUUACGCGUUAUACGUACAUUCAAACAACCGCGAGUGAUAAAAUACCAUUGUUAAAAUCCGAGGAGAUAAAUAAAAGUUUGACGUGAUUUAUUUUCGUUCACACAUAAUGCUGCUUCAUUCGUGGUCGAUAACGAAAAUCUGAGACCGCCACGCGGUGUCGUUAAUACAAGACUGUCGUCACUCGUCAAUCGCGAAAAGCGGCGAUCUCGAAAUCGCGUUCACGCUGGGCAGCAUACAAGCAGUCUGGGUUUGAUGGCCGGCGUGAUUGUCGGGCGUAUAUCGUAUUCGCAAUUCUACCCGCGGAGCGCCGUCGGAUGCAAACGGCCAAAUACGGAAUAUAUCGAGCACCGCUUCGGCAUUCCGUAAUUUUCACACGAUUUACUUGAGGAGUUUAAGUGGGGACAAUGGCGAGAAUAACCACAGAUCUGCAUUUGAAACUAUCUGAGUCAGCAGUUUCCAAUUUACAGAGUAAGAAGAUCUACACAGUCUUUGAUCUUAUGUCAGAAGAUUCUGAAAAGUUAAUGCAGUACUCAGGCCUAUCUUACCAGGAUAUAUUGGAUCUAAAGAACACGGUCACAAAGUUAUAUACCGGUAAAAUUCAUAAAGGACCAGAUUUACUGAAGGCUAGUUGCAAUGGUGUGACUAAAACUGGAAUUCAAAGUCUGGAUUAUUUACUAAGAGGAGGCCUGUAUGCAGGACAAAUACACGAAGUGUGCGGAGUAUCCUCGUCCGGAAAAUCUCAGCUAUGUCAUACAGUUGCCGUUAACGUUGCUCAAAAUUCUGAUGGAAUCGUUCAUUACAUUGAUACAAAUGCAGAUUUUUCUGCUGCAAGAGCUCAGAUCAUCUUGGAGAAUAAAGGAUGCAGCGAGGAAAUGCAGGUUCUAGUACUGGAACGUAUAAGCGUGACACGAGUGAAAACGAUUCAGGAAGUACUGAGUUUGCUGCAUAGCUUUCAGUGGACCAAUACGAAGCUAGUAAUAAUCGACUCCUUACCAGCUCUAUUCUUUAGUUUUGAUCCCGACUUGCAUAGGUUCACAUAUACUUAUUCUCUGAACAUCUUUUCAAACUUGAUAAGAUGGGUCGCCGGAGAGUUUAACAUUCCAAUUAUUACCACCAAUUCAGUAACCUACUGGCAAAAUUACGCUGAGCCGGAUUCAUCGCCCCUGAAAAGACUGUCGUCUGUAAAACCAACACUGGGAACAUACUGGCACUCUGUUCCUAAUAGUAGAUUACUAUUAGAAAAUACGAAGUCUGAAGGUAGGAAGAUUACAGUGUGGAAAAGCUCUCAUCUACCGUCAGGUUCGACUUGUUAUAUUCGAAUAACCAACGCUGGUGUCGUGUAACUUUGUCUCUUAUCUCGUGUCUUUUUUUAUAAAGUUUUAUAACUUAUUAUUGUUAAAAAAAAAAUGUAUAAAUACUUGGUUCGUCACUGAAUAAAAAGUAAAAGUGUCGACAAUGAA